AUGCUCAACCUUUGGAGAAAGGCACUGAUUGGGAUCCUCCUUGUAGAGUCCUUUGGCUCAGCUAUUGCUCUGCCUCCUCGACCUCUGACGGCCAGGUCACAUGAAGUCUUCGCUCAGGGCCAUCACGUCAAGCAGAGGGACAAUUUGUCUCCUUAUGCUGGACUCUUCGUUCGAGAUGAUGAUGAUGAUCCACCAAAGCCACCGAAUGGUCCGCCCCGGCCUGAUAAUAAUCCGGCACCACCGCGUCCUCCUCAAAGAGAUGAGGAUGAUGACGAGGAUGAUCUACCCCGUCCUCAACAGACUCCCCCACCACCACCUAAUCCUCCCAACCCGCCUCCCAAUCCACCCAAUCCGCCUCCCAGUCCACCUAAUCCACCGCCGAACCCGCCAAACCCUCCACCCAAUCCGCCCAAUCCGCCACCAAACCCCAAUCCACCGCCACCACCACCACCACCAGCCAUGAACAUGGAUGAUGAUGACGAUGAUGCCCCCGGUCAGACGGAUAUGGAUGACUAG